AUGACGCUCGACACACUCCCUUCAGAAUUGCUCCUGCAUAUCGCCACGUACUUCGACACUCUGGAAUUUGAUGCGGUUCUUACUCUGGUCAUCCGUCGUCUCCUUGACGUCUUCAGACCCAGGCUGUACCAUGCUGCCAUCAGCGUCGAUCUCCCCGACAUCACUGUAGGGGCUGCAGCGGAGGGGAACCUCGAGACUCUCAAAGUGGCCGCUACCUACGGCGCCCAAUUCCAAGGAAAAUAUCCCCUGUCGCCAAUGGGCUGCGUAGCGGACGACUGGAGACUCGAGCACUACAGAAUUCAUCAGAUGGAAGGUGAUACACUCAUAAGAUGGGGGCCUAACGCGGUCGUCCCCGACGACUACGACGCCGGUCUCAUUCCACAAGAGGCCUGCUGGGCGACCCCGUUGGCAAUGGCCGCCAUGUGGCAACACCCCUUCGACAACUCGGAAUGUCAUCCCGACCACCCUGGUGUGCAAGUCCGCCCCAGCCAUCUGAAACUAAGCCGAUUCCCGGCUUGGACACCGCUCCAUUACGCCAUAUGCAACAGGCAAACCUCGAUUGCUCGCCUGCUGUUCGCCUCUGGUGCCUCGUACCACAACGUGCGUAUGCCCAACCGGUUCCACAAAUACCCCUUGUUCUCUAUGGUGGGGAGCCCGAACAACGUCAACAGCGAUGGAGUUGUUAACAGCUAUCAUGAGAUGAAGAGGAGAAUUUUCGGCCUCGAUGAAGGCAACGGACUUCUAGACCAAGGCGAUUUUAGUCCUCAAGAAGAAGACGGCGAUCGCGAUGCCAGCAUCUCGCCCAGCAUCCCGCUAUUGCAGACGAUAGAUGGCAUUCCAGAGCUCGCGGAGACUGAGGAUUUGGUCGUAAUGGUCUCGUACAUAGACCCCUACUCUGUUCCCGCUCUUCACAUUGCUGCCUCUUCGGGGGCAAAGGCCAUCAUGACAUACCUCGUCAAGAAUGUCUGUGUGGACAUUCUGUCCCAAGAUAGCCACGGAGGGACCGUUCUCUACUACGCUGCCUUGGCACCGCAGCACAGCAACGCCCUCAACAAAGCCUUGUCUCUGGGGGCGGAUCCACGCGUAGAGUUCUCCUGUACCAUGGAUAUGUUUGGACAGCAAUCGUUCGAUGCUCUCGACUGGGCCGUCCAUUUCCGGGUGGAGCAGGCGGUCGACGCUCUUCUGGUAUGGCCCGGAUGUGGCCUCGCUUGGUGCCAUAUACCAAGCGGAAACCGCCUCUUGGAUGACGCAUCCUCGCAAUCCCGACACACCUCUCAGCCGUUGAAAGAAUCCAGAAUCAAGCACAUGUUCCGAGCAUUGCAUACGGGCAGUUUCCCGAGGCACAUGACUCCCGAAUGGCGUUACCGCGCCCAGUGUUUUGAGAUGUUCUCCUCUCGGCUUCUUUCGGCAACCGUCAAGCAAGACACAGUUAAAUCACAUAAGAAGUACUUGCCCUUCCAUCGCGUGUUCGAAAUGGCCUUCUUCUGGGCUCUCCAGACCGAUUCCCUGGAAAGAGAAGAGUUCUCUUGGAUCGACUUCGAUCGCUUCGACCUGAAUAAGAUGGUUUCCGUCCAGAGCUACGACGAGAACCUCGUAAAUCAAUGGACCCUCUCCUGGAACGUCGCACCCAAUCCCACCACCGACACCUUCUGCUCCAUUGGAACCAUAGCUCUCUACAGUGUCGUUGCCGGCAAGGCUAACUCGGGUCUCCAGGUGAAGAGAAUCAGGUGGCUACUGAACGCAGGCGCCAAGCCUUGCCCGCCGGGCCGAGAGACGGAGAUGUUCUCCCCCAUCCGUCAUCUCUUGCACUCUAUGAGACUCCUCCUGUACCAGACUAACAACGAUUUUGAAAGCUACAUGGAGAGCGAAAACAGAUUGUUUGACUCUAUUGUCGUGAUCGACGUGCUCGCGGCGGCGGGCGGGUGGAACGCCUUUACCACAGACGUCACGGGCAAUUCUGAGGGCCUGCUGGCCAUGGCGGCGCACUACAGUGGGAUGCGCGGAAGGGUAGCGGCGGUUGAUAAGGAACUGUCCAAGAAUAUCCACAGUAUGCUCGAGGAGACCAUGCCUUCGAAGCUUGUAGCGAUUCUCGAGGCCGUAGAUGCUUAA